AUGGCGAUGAAUGAAAACGGAAACGAAACAAGAAGUGAAUGUUUGGUGCGUAUGUGCAAUGAAGAAAGCGACAUUGAGACUAUUCAUUACUUUGAAUGCAGAAAGACUCUGAUGGAGAUGCUUCAUGAUAGAGGCUACAAUGUCUCUGAAUCUGAUCUCACUCUCUUUCUGAGUAUCGUUAACGUUUCGGUGAAUUUCCUAAACCUGAAACCCUUGGUGUUUGUGUUUCUCUUCUCUCUAACCCCUUUAUCAAGAAAUGGAAAACUGUCCAUAAAAUUGAAUGACUUGCUGGUCAAUGUGACAAAGCAUGUGCUGCAGCCAAAGUAUGAGGUUCUGACUGCUAAUGAGAAGCAAAAUCUGCUCAAGUAUAAGGUCGAAGAGAAACAGCUACCUCACAUGCUAAGAACUGAUGCCAUUGCUAGCUACUAUGGACUGGAAAAAGGACAAGUCGUCAAGAUCUCUCACAGUGGUGAGAUGUUUAAUUCUUAG